AACUUGGCUGGCGACGGCAUCCUGUUUGCACGCUUGGCUGAAGCGAAAGACCGUUUGCCGAGCUGCGCAGCUUUGGUGAACCAUACAGGCUUUUGCGUGGAAUUGCCUUGGCUCCAGGCGUGCGAGUUUUCGUCUUCGCGAGGAUUCCUGGCAACCUCGGUCGAGGAAGCUCUCACAGUGGGGCGGCCUCCGCUUCAGCGUCUCGGUGCCGGAGCGGCAACGGCGACUUCGAUGCCGCCGCCAACGCGGAUGCAGCGUUUCUACGUGGGCGAGCCGGAGGCAUGGAUUCUGGUGCUGGAGCACCGGCUGACUUCCGGAAUAGGCGUUUGGAGCGGCCAGGACCUACCAGGCUUCUUGCGGGAGGUGCAGCUGCCAGGGACCUACAGCUCUCCGAUCGAGUAUGCAGCGCAAGGCGCUGCCGUGCGCCCUGCUGUCACCUUCGGCUUGCCUGCAUCCUCUAAAGGCGCUGCCGUGCGCCCUGCUGCCACCUUUGGCUUGUCUGCAUCCUCUGAUCGACGGCUCCAGGUUCGCAUCGGAGACCUCCUGGCCGCGGCAGGUGUGCACUUGGACCAGGAAUGCACACGUUGUCCAGAGUUCAACAUCACCGGCGAGAAGGCAAUGCUGCGGAACGUGGGGGUCGAGCUAGAGAUCACCCUCUUCUAUACAAACCUUUGGCUUUCGUGGCAGGACCCCACUACAUGGCUACUUCCAGCCAAG